AUGGUAAUUUGUCGUGUGCUUACUCUUGACACUUUGAUGCUUCGCUUUCAGUCCAACAGACAGCAUCGUAGUAUGUAUGUCCAUCACUUUAGGGCACGUAGCCCGUUGCAGCUGCCACCAGCAUCACUGAAACAAAUGGAGAUUCAUCUGUAUCAUACAAGAAUGAGUUUCUCCAACAAAGCUUUUCUGUGGCAACGAUCAACACUCGCGCUAUACAGCAAACUUCUGGCAGAGUCCGUUAAAUGUGUAUGGUACCAGCUCUUGCGACAUGUGCAGCAUAUCACCGACAAUCUAGUGGCAGAACCGAACACAUAA